AUGAACAAGGUCCCUGCCCGAGUCAAUGGCAGAUUUAGGGUAGGAGACAUGCUAGGAUCUGGCUCAUAUGGUGUUCCUCUUGUCAACAACUCAUCUUCUUUGGAGCAUGAAUAUUGCAUUUUGAAGCAACUUGAAGGUGGAGCUGGGAUCCUGCAUGUUGAGUGGUUUGGUAGAGAGGCAACAUUUGAUGCCCUUGUCCUCGACCUCCUUGGACCAUCUUUACAUGAUCUCUUCCUUGCACAAAAUCGAAAAUUCACCCUUCAUACCGUCCUGAAUAUUGGAGACCAAUUGCUCUCGUCUCUGGAGCAUAUCCAUUCACACAACUACGUUCAUGGUGAUAUCAAACUACAAAAUACCCUUCAAACUGUUUUUAUUGUUGAUUUUGGUAUUACCAAGGAGUACUGGAAUACUGCCACCCAAGCCCACAUGCCAUUUCGCCAUGGUGGACAUCUUACUGGCACUCCUGCAUUUGUGUCAAUCAAUAAUCACCUGGGGGUUGUGCCUGGUUGUCAUGACGAUCUGGAGUCACUCAUAUACAUGUUGAUUUAUUUCUUACAUGGUUCCCUUCCAUGGUUCAGUACUGAACAUGAGAACCUCCCCAGCUCUUCCAUACUGGCAUGCAAGGUAGACACUACCAUUGAAGUUUUAUGCCUUGGCAUUCCUUCUGAGAUCACAACUAUGCUCAUUUACUCGUGCAAUCUCGCAUUCUCAGAAGAUCCUGAUUACAAGUAUCUUCAAUCAUUGCUCCACCAAGCUUGUGCCACACCUUCAAGUCUGCGCCCACACAAUGGUCGCCCCAUGCCUGUAACUGCUGCCAAGACACCACAUCAUAAAAAGAUUUAG